AUGAAAUUCCAACAGCUCAGCUCCCCGUCGCACACGUCCCAAUUGCUCCCAAAAACAAGUUAUUUUUCCCUCAUUUUUUUCCCCCUCUCUUCUGUUCAUUUCUUGCUUUUUUUUUUUUUGAGUUUUGCAUUAGGUGAACAAAUGAAUUCCAGUGAGGAAAACAGAAGGCCAUGCACUUCCAACUAUUCAUUUAUUUAUUUAUUUUUCCUUUUCACACAAUUAUUUCCCUGUUUCUCUUGCGACGGGAACAAAAAAAAAAAGAAAGAAGAGUUUCCCACUAAAAUCAUUAAUAAUAAGAAUAUUAAUAAUAAUAAUAAUGGAACCUGCUCUCUCAGUUCUACAUUAGCAAAACGUAUCCGACUGCUGCAUCGUACACACAUAAAUAAAUAA